CUCCUACACUCCAAGGCCUCUCCCCAACCUUCCAAGCUACAAGACAAAUAAGAACUCAAGAAAGAUCACACAGAGCUUCCCAAGAUCACAGACGAAGCAUUGAUCAAUGGCGGCAAAGGUGGCUGCGCCUCUCCCUUUCCGCCGCGACUUGCGGGGCCCUCUUGGCUGGCGAUCGCCGAGGAGCGGGCUGCCGGGCGCGCUAGCCGGGCUGGACUGGAGACACAGCACCCGCAGGCUCGUGGAGCCAGCGCGAGCGCGCGGGAGGAAUAACAAGUCCGGCGGGCGCGGCGCGACCAAGGACGACGAGCGCUCGGAGGAGUUGGAAGAGGCAGAGUCGGUGCUGUUAAUCGACGGGGAGGAGGACGAGGAGUUCGAGGACGGUGAUCUGUCCGGGUUCAGGGGACUCGUUCUUGAUCUCUCGUACAGGCCUGUCAAUGUUGUCUGCUGGAAGCGUGCGAUUUGCCUGGAAUUCACGGAGAAGGCCGAUGUUCUGGAGUACUACGAUCAGACGGUCUCUUCACCCAGUGGAUCAUUCUACAUCCCUGCAGUUCUCAGGGUCCCACAGCUGCUGCAGGUGAUGAAGAGAAGAAGAGUUAAACAAUGCCUUAGCCGUAAAAACAUACUUUACAGGGACGACUUCACUUGCCAGUAUUGCCCUUCGGAAGACGAUCUCACAAUUGACCAUGUCAUUCCGACUUCCCGUGGAGGCAAGUGGGAAUGGGAAAACUUGGUAACUGCAUGCUCAAGAUGCAACUCCAGGAAGGGUAAUAAGACACUGCUGCAAGCAAACAUGAAGUUACGCAAGAUCCCCAAGGCACCGAAGGAGUUCGACAUCAUCGCAGUACCCUUGACGAAAUCUGCGUUCAGGACGAUCAGGAGAAGGCAGGGGCUGCCUGAAGAGUGGUUGCAGUACAUUGCCGGGUCCUCCCCAUGAUCAAGAACUCUUCAGAAGAGAGUUCGGACUUGAACAGUCAUCACUCCAUGUAUAUACUACUAGGCUGAUCUCCAGCCAUGUCUCUCUAUCACAAAUUCUGUACAUGCUUAGCUACCUUCUGAAAAAUAAUCUGUACAUGCCACUGACUAUUAGUAAAUAAAAAAAAGAUGCUGACUUGAAUAUAAAUGUUACAUGCAGUUUGCAUCAA